AUCCAUAUCCCCAGCAGUACUUCCAACUUCCAAGCAGGAGCAAACGCUAGCCAUCUCCACCUCAAGUUAGCUCUCUAGCUAUACUAAGCUAUAGCAGCGGUGCUGAUCAUCGCUCGCUACCACACCAUCACCACCGACCAACCCAUCAGCUAGCUAGCUAUAGCAUGUCGGGCGUGUGGGUGUUCAAGAACGGCGUGGUGCGCCUGGUGGAGAACGGCGCGGCGGUGGGCGGCGAGGCGGCGGUGCGGCGGCGGAAGGCGCUGGUGCACACGCCGAGCGGGCAGGUGGUGCGGUCGUACGCGGAGCUGGAGGCGGAGCUGCGCGCGCUGGGCUGGGAGCGCUACUACGAGGACCCGGCGCUGUACCAGUUCCACAAGCGCGGCUCCCUCGACCUCAUCUCCCUCCCCGCCGACUUCGCCAGGUUCUCCUCCGUCCACAUGUACGACAUCGUCAUCAAGAACCGCGACUCCUUCAGGGUCGUCGACGUCUGAUCGAUGUCGGUCGUCAUCGAUCUGCGUGCUGCCCGUGUACAUACGCGUGCAGUGCAUGCAUGCAUGGUCGACUCCUACUCCGAUCCUUAACUAUAUACAUAUAUAUACAUGCAUCUUAAUUUGUUACUUUGUGAGUUGUUCAUCAGUACGUGCAUAUCAGCUAGCUAGCUAGUGUUUGACAACAGUCGUCGUUACGUUGUAUUGUGUCAGUGAAGUUGCUAGCUCUAGCUAGCUACUUGCUGUGUGUGAGUGUGUGCAGCUGAUCUGAAUCAGUAGCGUGUGCAGCAUGCAUAUCCUAGCAGUGUGUGCGUCCAGGUGUGUACACGUACGUCUCGGAGUGACGAUCGAUGUGUGCCCUAGUUGCUCAAGAUCCAUCACGCAUGUGCGUGUGCGUGACUGUACAUUUAUUUAUCGUUUGUGCCAGUGACCACCAUUAUUGAUGUGCGUGCAUUAAUUUCUCACUACAUAUUGUACACAUGAAUAUAUAUCAUGGUAUAUGUAUC